AUGUAUAAUCAAAUUGUAGUAUCUGGGGUCAACUAUUUCAAUAAGAUCGUCAACAAGCUCAUCUUGAGCAACUCUGUAGCUAAUCUGCCCGCCCCAACAGAUAAGCAGGUCAAACCAGAGCUCAAGCGUGAACGUGAUGAGACUGUCGUCAUCUCUGACGAUGAGGACGUUGAUCCAAUCGUCAAGCGUAUGAAGGCCAUCACCAACGCCUCUAACCUUGGAGACUACCUCGCCCGUCUUGAAGAACAGAGGGCGUGGGUGUUAAACGAGAUUGUGACCCUCAAGUGGGCCUUGAAGCACCACAAUCUCACUUCUGACAUGGAGCUGUCUCUGUAUAAUCAACUGAAUGAGUUCUUUGACUUUGGCCUACGUGCAAGUCUACCUACUGAUGAGGAGAUCAGCCUCUCCAAGGAUAACCAAACUCAGCAAGAUGAUGGCACCACUACGAGCACCACCAGCACCAGCACCACCAGCACCACCAGCACCACCUCGACCUCUGACUAA